AUGGCGGGCGAUGCAGGAAAGAAGAAAACAGGAGAUCCUCCUUCUCCGGAGGAAGUGAGCAACUUGUUUCGCAGCGUCGACGAUCUCCUCCAGCAGGAGAGCUACGAACAGGCGCUCAAGGUCUGUGGCAAAAUUCCUCUCGACGAAGACAGCGGCCGCUGCCGCCUCUUUUGCUUGUUGCAACUCGGCCGCUGGUCAGCCGCGACUGAUCUGGUGAAAACGUUAAUGAAAAUGAAGGCCGAGGAAGACGGCCAAGAAGCGGCGGUUCGCGCGUACCUCUUCGAGGAGGCCUACUGUCUGUACAGGCUGAAUCGGCCCCAGAAGGCUCUGGACCUUCUCGAGAAACACGGUCGAGUUGUCGAUGCGCUUCCACGUGAAGAGCGUCUCCGCGUCACACACUUAAAGGCGCAAACGCUGCACAGGUUGGGGAGCUACGACGCCUGCCGGGCCAUCUACGAGGACUUGCUGCAACACGACCUCGACAACCCGUCGCCUCUCCCCCUGUCUGGCCCGCGUUUCCAGGAGGCUCUACUGGUGAACUACCUCUCCUCGGCCGUUUGCUCGGGAGAACUGCAGGCGGAAGGAAAGCCGGUGGUUCCUGCGCACCUCUGGAGGCGCGUUGAGGCGAACUUGAACAGUACAUACGAGCUGCCGUUCAACGCCGCCUGCGUCGCGCUCCACGAGGGCCGUCUCGACGACGCAGAUUCCCUGCUUCAACAGGCGCGAACGCUCUGUGCAGAAGACUGUGGAGUCGCAGAAGACGACGAAGACGAGGCUUUCAGCCACGGCGAUCUGGCCGGCAUCUUGGUCCAGCAGGCGUACCUGCUCGAGCUACAGGGUCACAGCGAAGAAGCGAGCGCUCUGUACACCCGUUUGCUGCAAAGAGCGGACCACCGCGGGGCUCUGGAUGGGCACCAGGCCGCGGCGGCAGAGCGCCUCGCCGAGGAAAUCGACGUGGCCGUUCUCGCUGUUGCUCAGACCAACGCCUUCGUGAAGGAGGCGCGAAAGCGCUCGACAGAAGCUGCGAGAGAGCGCGGAAGCGAAGACCCUAGCAGGCUGGCCCUCCCAGCUGGAGCGACGCUCGACGACGCAAUCAAACGCAUUGCGCACGGCAGUGGACAGGCGCUAGACCAGAAACUCACCAAGACGCAGGCCCUGACGUUGGCUGUGAAUCGCUGCGUGGCUUUCAUUCUCGCCGGAAGACUGGAAGAGGCGCGACGACUCUUGGCGACGUCGAGCACGAAAUUCGGGACAAAGCAGCCAAAGUUGCUCCUCCUGCGAGCGGCGCUCCAACUGGCCUCUGGCCACCCUGCCAAGGCGGAGGAACAACUUCGGCAGCUUCUAGCUUCUUCGCUGCCGCCGGCGGAGGCUGUUCGGACGCACCUGGCUUUGGCGGCGCUGCGUCUGGAGCAAGGCGACAACGCAGGAGCUUCGACAGUCCUCGCCGAGGCUCGCGAGGUGCUCCAGCGCGUGCGCGGCAGUUCUCGAGACGCGUCGCCUGGCUCGGAUCUCCAACUCGCUCUUCUGCGCGACAUCGUGGCGAUGCAGCAGCGGGCUGGGGACGCGGCGGGUGCGAUUCAGUCCCUCGAGGCCCAGCAGAAAGCCUGGAGGGACGGGAGCACGGGCGAAGCGGCGACGCGAUUCGCGGUCUCGGUCUUGCUCACUUCGGCGACUGCAUGCGCGGCGUUGGGGCAGUGGGAUGCGGCCGCGAACAAGUGCCGGGAGGCUCUGCAGCAGGCGCAGCCGAGUUCGCCCGAGUACCUCCGGGCGCUGGUCGGGGCUGUGCAUGCGGCCUCGCAUGCAUCCGAGCCUCGCAAGCAAGAUGCAGGGAAGUUCCUGGCAGAGCUGAAGCAGCGGCUGCCGCAGAAAAUCCUCCUGCUGGACAGCGACGAAGUCGAGCGGCAAGAUCCAUCUUCGUUCGUUGGGCGCAAACCCCCGAAGGAAGAAGAGCGCCGAGGCGACGGCCUCGCAACGGGAGCAGAGACCGGGAAAAAGAAGAAACGCGCGCCGAGAUGGCCCAAGGGAUUCAACCCCAACGAGCCUCACUUGCCUCCCGACCCCGAGAGGUGGUUGCCGAAAUGCGAGAGGACGGGGUACAAGAAGAUGCUGCGCCGCCGCAAGGAGGCUGGACGAGGAGGCGCUCAGGGGUCCCUGGUACCAGGAACAGCGGAGGCGACCACGGGUUUCCGCAAUGUGGGGCCGAGCACGGCGAAGACGGAAGCUGCGAAGGACUCUGGCCGCAACGUGGGUUCGCGAGUGGUUCCAGGCAGCGGAAAGGACGUGUCGUAG